UAACAAAUGUUCACCUUAUCAACGUAAACAAUUCGUCACCGUUUAAUUAAACUUAAACUUUAAAUGCCGAUGAAUUGAAUGUAAUUCGAUUGAACGAAAAAAAUUUCAAAAUGAUUACCUCAAACGUAGGCCAUGUUCAGCAUAAUGAAGAUUACCAAAUGAUAGAGCUCUUUAAACAGUAUUUGGCACCUGGAGCAUCACAAUUUGCUUUAGCCAUGGCAAAGUUACUUUACAACCCAAGCGGCGUUAAAAAUUUGAUAUUUUCACCCAUCGAAGAUUUACACCUGAUCGCCGAUCAAACCCCAUCAGCGAACGUUGAUUUAAAAUUACCUCGUAUGAAAUUCAAAUGGAUCUCCGAUAUAAACCACUAUCUCGCUCAACUCGGCUUGAGACAAGUUUUCACCGAUCAAUCUCAACUAAGUAAAAUGACAGGACCAAUCCCGAUAAAAAUUACCAAAGUUACUCACGCGGCAGAAAUUGAAGUCGAUGAGAAUGAAACUAAGGCAACUGCGGUGACCGUGAUCGGAAUGGCUUUUGGUUGCGGCCCCAGAAUUCCUAAACCGAGGAAACAAUUUCACGUCAAUCGACCGUUUGUUUUUUAUAUUCAUCAUCGAAUCACGAAAUCUAUAUUAUUUUUAGGAGCUGUUCAUAAUCCUCAGCAGGGGUAGAAAAGAACUAGGAAGUGAUUGAAGGGUGAAAAUGGGCGGAGGGGCGGGGAAUUUGGUUGAAUGGAGUAAAAAUUGACGACAUUGAUGAAAAAUACUCUCUUCGGUUAGGCUAAAUAAUUAAAUUACUAGAUACUAAAUAUUCCACUCCUCACCCCCUUCCUUACCCCACUUCAUGUCGUCAUUGCAGACUCCAUAAAAAAAAAACAACAACAAAAAUAUUCCGUCCUAUCUGAUGAUUUUUUUUUUAAAACGUAUACACGAUUACAACUUUUUUUACAAGUUUAUUCUCAUGUGGUUAUUUUUCUACUUACUAUAGUUUUAAUGUUUUAUAUCCCUCUUCAAAAUAUGUACCUUUCUACAAUUAUUACGCUUAUGAUAUUACCUUAUUAUUGCUGUGGAAUUAUUGUGCAUUUAUGUUUGUAAACUAACGUUUCGUUACUACUAUGUACUUACUGUUUUUAAAGAAAUAAAAUAUGUUAUUGUACGUCUAUCAAA